CGUUUCCUGCCCUUGGUAUCCUGAGAAUAACAGCGCUCAAAAUGAAGGAAUCAAAAGAUAACGUUACCGUUGACAGCUUGUCCGAAUUAGUGUGCUGAAAGGAAAAAUAAUUUGGCACGUUCUUGCGUGUUUCUCAUUUAAUUCCUUUGCGUCUAAAACGCAGAAGCAAUACCUUCAAAAUACAUUUCGUUUUCGUAAACACAGCGUACGGUGAAAACCAUGCGUUGCGUUGUAAGCUUUAUUUUCGGUCUCUUUCUGCUCCAGCUGGCAAGAGGCGAAGAGAAUAAAUCAGUCAAGAAAUGCCUUGCCCUAGAAGCUCCGGAAAAUGCUGAAGCAAUUGGCAAUAACACAGUUGGUUCUGUUGUCAAAUUCUUGUGGAAAAAGGGCUUUUUUCGACUUGGAAGUCCUCACAGAAUCAGGUGUAAGUCAAAUGGACAAUGGACUAAGCCUAAUGUGUCUUGUGUUGCUGUAAGUUGUGGAGACCCUGGCUCUCCCUUGAAUGGAAAACGCAUGGGUUGGAUAUUUCAGUACAAUCACAGUGUCACUUUCGAUUGCCAUCGCGGUUUUAAACUGGAGGGACCUAAAACAAGAACCUGCCUUGAGAACCAAACCUGGAGUGCCAGCCAGCCAGUUUGCAAACCUGUUCCAUGUGAGGAGCCUCCAAAAGUGGUUGAUGCGGUGAUGUUAAGCGGUGGUUUCGUGUUUGGUGCACCCGUGUAUUACACUUGUAGUGAAGGGUAUAAAUUGCAAGGACCAGACACGUUGGCAUGUGGAGAAGAUGGAAAAUGGGUCGGUGAGACUCCGGUUUGUAAAGCCAUAACGUGUGCUGAUCCGGGUACACCCCAACACGGUUCAAGAAAUACAACCGGCCCUCCAUUCAGUCAUAUGUCGUUAAUCUUCUACGAAUGCAGUAAUGGAUACAUUUUGUAUGGAACUGACAGGCGCUCUUGUAAUGGUGACGGGGAGUGGACUGGGGUACAACCGUUUUGUGUUGAAUGCGCAGGUGUUAACACGCCGGUUUUCGUCAGGAAUGGGCAACGUUUCAUCCACGGAAUAAUUCAGCAAAAAAGCAAAAAUAUCGUGACGGUUCUGACUGACUCACCUAAAGAAGAAAGAGAUGUUGUGAUAUUUGGACCUGGAACACAGCAUUACAUCAUAGUGGAGGACAAACUCCCAUCCUCGAAGAACGUCUUCUUGGGAUCGCGUGUGAUUGCAAUGCAAAGAGGAUCGUACAUCUUUGCUAAGGUUGACGCGAUCAAUGGUGACAAGUAUUCGGUAACAUUUGAGGACAGACAGCGAACUAAGCGGACAGUGGCAUUAGAGCAUAUCCGCAACUUGUUUCCUCCAACAUUCUGUGCAACAUGUCCAGACCCUGGAAAACCAGACAAAGGCUUUCGAACAGACAACUUAGAGGAGUUCAUAGUAAGGACCGAAGUAGAAUUUGGUUGUGAAAUAAAUACCCAGCUGCUUGGAUCAAGUAAGAGAACAUGUCAACCAAAUGGAAGAUGGUCUGGAGAACAACCGACCUGCGAAAUUACUUCUUGCUGGGAUCUCGAUGUCUUUCCUCCCAAAAACGGCAAACGAAUUGGUGAUGACUUUUCUAUUGGAAGCACCGUAGCCUUUUCCUGUGAUGAGGGAUAUGAGCUUGACGGAGAAUCGAAGCUGACAUGUCGUCCGGAUGGUCAGUGGUCUGACAGAACGCCUUUGUGUAAAGAUCGCUGCGAGGGCGUGGUUUGUAAACUUGAAGAGAAGUGUGUUUAUAACAGCCUCCAAGGGCCCAGAUGCGUCUGCCGUAAUAACGUGGACUGUCCUGCCGAUUUACAACCCAUAUGUGGUUCUGAUGCGAAAACCUAUAACAAUUACUGCAUUAUGAAGGCGACUGCUUGUCGAGAAGGCAAGGAGGUGGAGAAGGUCGCAGAUAACUCAUGUUCUCCUGGAGGAAUUUGUCAGAUAAACCCUGCAAGCAAAUGCAGGGCUUACUUCAGAAAUUUCUAUUUCAACGUGACAAGCAAUGUGUGUGAGCCAAUCAUUGCAGGUGGUUGUCACCCAAGUGGAUGGAAUGGUUUCCCUACCAUGGAAGACUGCAACCGUACUUGUUCUGUGGACGUAUGUAGCCAGCCUACUGAACCAGGUCCGUGUACUAACACCACACAUCGGUGGGCAUUUAGCCCCAAAGCUGGUCGUUGUAAACGAUUCAACUAUGGAGGCUGUUUUGGCAACGAAAAUAACUUUGACAGCAAGGACAAAUGCAAUAAACGUUGUCCUCCUGUAAAUACUGAUCGAGGGAACAAAGCCUGUCCAAGAUGCGUUCAAAAGAGACUUCGUGAGGCAUGCAAAUCCAGUAGUAUUGCAUUUGUAGGCAAAGUCGAUAAGAAGUUGCCACAUGAUUCAGUCAAGAAACAAGCUCGUUAUCAGGUCGUGAUAAAGAACGUUCUCAGGAAUACAGAGGGCUUUCCUACAUUGGGAAGUGUUGUCGUCAAUGUCCCUUACAGUAGGUCACCAGACUGCCCCUGCCCUUCGCUACCCCAAGAAACGUUCUUUCUGAUGGGAAAUGUCGUGGUUGAACCAAAAGGCAACAAUGCAAAAGUUGGCAUAACAGUCACAAAGCCUGCAGUUGUGCAAAAAUGGAGCCAAGAGAUCCUUCAGAAAAUGAAUAAAAAAUGCAAAGAUUUGGAUUAUCGUGAACUACUCUAAUCUUCCAAAGUUUUAUGGACAAACCACCCUUUUUUAAUGUCAAUGAAAUUGAAAACAAAGUAAUUAUAAGGAGGAUUAGAUAUUGUGACAGCGACGGCGUGCUCAAAGAACACUUCCUAAAUUAAAAACGUCAUAGCUUGGCUUUAAACUCAGAGCAUGUGUUUUAUUCGGCGUGCGUUUGCUUUGCAUUUGCUUACUUGUGAUAAUUUUUUAAAAAUAACGUUCGUCGCUUUUUUUUUUUUUGACUUGAGGAACUAUGUGAACUGCGUUUUAGUUUAGUAGAGGCCAAUAUUUUAUUUUUAAAAUAACUCGCUUUGAACCAAAAAGUCUCAAACUAUAUCAAGGGGGUUUUAGGUGUGUGGUUAAUAAAAUUUGCAUUUUCAAAGAGA